AUGGCUGGCACCUAUAACGGAGUGCAAGCCAGGAUUACAAAAAGGAAUGGCCUGGCCGAGUUCGUACCGUGUUUGACUCACUCCUUAAAUCUUGUCGGUGUCCAUUUUCCCUCAUCAUGCCAAGAAGCAAUAAAUCUAUUUAGAUUAAUUCAAAAAGUAUUUUGCUUUUUUGUCGGCUCUACUACUCGAUUGGAUACUAUGAAGAAAUUUGUUAAAACCAAUUUAAAAGGAAGCAGUCAGACGAGAUGGUCGGCAGAACAUGUUGCUGUGAAAACCCUCUUAAAUAAUUUGCCGGAAGUAGUGGAAUCCUUGGAAGAACUUAAGCAAACUUCUCAUGCUCCGGAAGCAAAGUACGAGGCAGCAAGAUAUAAUCCUUGCGCGUUCCGCCUCUUUAAUGGAUGGCCUGAUGAAAACUUUACAAAAAAUGAAAUUGAAUAUUGGAUAGAAGAGGCUAAAGAAGUUGCUGGAAAAAUUGGCGUCGAACCUAUUCUGCCAAAUAAACAAAUUCCGAGGUGCAAAAAACAAUUUGACGAGAUGUGUGAUGACGAAUCACGAACACUUCAACCAGUUAAACAUUUUUCUCAAGCAACAAUGAUGGUAUUUGAUAGAAUCUUAUCAGAAAUUAAAAAGAAGGUUGUUGAUAGUGUUAUCACGAUGAAUUCGAAUUUCGCAUUUCUAAAUGGUAUUGAAAUUUUGAAUUUGUCAAAUGAAGAACUGCAAAAGCAUGGAACAGAUCUGGGACGAAAAUACGAGCGAGAUUUAAACGCGGUUGAAUUCUGCCAGGAACUCUACGUUUUUAAAGAGCAAGGUCCACUUUCAUUUAAAGAUAUAAAAAAUGCUAGCGCUUUCAAUCUCUUGCAACAGAUUUAUACGCAUGAUUUGCAGGAUACCUUUCCCAAUAUUUGUAUUGCUCUAAGAAUUUACUGUACGCUUCCUAUACUACAUCCGCAAGCUGCGAGCGAUGUUUUAGCAAACUUAAACUUAUCAAAAAUCAUCUACGAUCUUCGAUGA